CAGAGAGAAAAGUUUAAUCAGUUUUCAACUCUAAUUAGUGAAUUCUUAUUUAAUUAAUGAAAAGUGAUCAAUUAAAUAGUAAAAAAAGAAAUACUAGUGAAAUAAUUAAAAAUCGUUUCAGAAAAUUCAGUUUUCUUUUUCAUGUGAAAAUAUCUCAUGUGGUAUCAGUGCUUCUGGAUUUUGAUCUCAAAAUUUGCCUUUAACUGAAUUAACAUUGGAUUCAAUUCAUUAAGACUUGAUCCCAUUUCUGGCUGUUUAGGCUUAACCUCUUAUCACCCUGUAGUUGAUUGCUUUUUCUUUGGUAAAUUUGUUAAUUCUCAUAGUUAAAUGUGAUCAAUUUUGAUUUUCGUUGUUAACAUUAACUGCCAUUCGUUGAUUGAUUAGUAAAUUCAAUCGACAAACCAGCUAACCACAUGAAUUGACCCCAAAAACCAAAUGAUUUCAAGAAAAAUUUUCCCAAUUUGUAACAAUGUUUAUCAACCAUCACAGUUGAUUACUCGUUGUUACUUUAAUCAAUUUAGUCGAUUUAUUUUAUCAUCAGCUAAUUUCCAACAGUCUCAACGGUUGUUUAACACUCAAUUAAGGCGAAACAAUUACAACAGAUUAGAGAGAGUUAAGUUAUCUAGUGUUAACCAAGAUGAAGAUGAAGAUGCUAAUCAGUUUCUACCAUUGGAUGAAUUGAAAAAUGAACCAUUUGAACAAUUCCUAAAGGCUCAAGAAAUGGUUAAAGAUGAAAAUGAAUGGAAUCAAUUAAUGACCAUCAUGAGGGAACCAUUACCAACAUCAAUUCGUGUUAAUAAAAAUCCAUUUAAUCAACAUCUCUUGGUAAAAGAAUACAUGGAAACCAAAGCAUCAUCGGAAUGGUUUGUUGAUACUUCCGGUAAACAGUAUUUAUCAAAAUAUCCCUGGUACCCGGAGGGUUUAGCUUAUUACUUUGGCCGUGAUGCUCCUCUUAAUAAGUCAAGUUUCGGUUUUUUUGCCAAAAGUGGAAAAUUUUCCGGAUCAGUUUAUUUCCAAGAAGCUGUUUCAAUGAUUCCAAUAUUGUCUCUUGAUAUUAAACCGAAUCACUCAAUUCUUGAUAUGUGUGCCUCACCUGGUUCCAAGACAACCCAAGCAUUACAACAAUUAAACUCAUUUUCACCUUUAACCAACAUAACGGGCUGUUUGAUUGCGAACGAUAUUGAAACAACCAGAGUUGCCAAGUUAAUUGUCCAUGCGAAACAUUUAUGUUAUCCCCAGUUAAUUAUUACCAAAGGAAAUGCUUCCAAUUUUCCUCCACUUCAAGAUGACAAUUUACCAACAUUUUACCAUAAAUUUGAUCGGAUUCUUUGUGAUGUUUCUUGUACCGGCGAUGGAACCGUUAGGAAAAAUCAUGGAGUCUGGAAAAUUUGGGAUCCAAUUUUUUUCCACCGUUUCCAUUUUAACCAAUUAAAGAUAAUCAAACGAGCUGUAACCCUCCUUGCAAAGGAUGGAUUAAUUGUCUAUUCAACUUGUAGCCUUAAUCCAGUUGAAAAUGAAGCAGUUAUCGCUUCCCUGAUCAAUCAAUCAAAUGGAUCCCUGGAAUUAGUUGAUUGCCACCAAAUGUUUCCUUCGUUAAAUUGUAUUCAUGGUCUUUCAAGGUGGAAAAUAAUGCAACCCGAUGGAUCGAUAAUAUCUGAUUAUUCAGAGAAAAAUGAUGAAAAAGUAUUGGAAUCCAUGUUUCCCCCUGAGAAUAUUGAUUCCAUUGGUAUUGAUCGAUGUCUCAGAAUUUUACCUCAUCAUUUUAAUAAUGGUGGAUUUUUUAUCGCUUUAAUUAGGAAAAAUGAUCAAGUUCCAUGGGAAUCAAGUUUACCUUAUCAUAGACAGAAAGUUGAUGAAUCAAUUAAACUGAAAUUCUUAAAUUCUUAUGAUCCAGAUUGGUUGGAAAUUAAGGAAACAUUUAAAUUACCUGAUGAUUUUCCUUGUGAACAAUUAGUUUCAUCGUCCGAGAUUAACAAAAGGAUACAUUUUGUCACGAAAGAUGCCAAAAGGAUAAUUAUCGACAAUUCUGAUAAACUAAAUAUUAUCCAUGUUGGUGUUGGAGUUUUCGAACGAGUCAAUUUGCAAAAACAGUCACAAUUUAGAUUAAUGUCCGAAGGAUUUCCCAUAAUUUUACCUCAUCUUCCCGAUGAUUUGAUUAUAACCGUUGAUUUGGAAAGAUUUCAUCAAUUAGUACUCCAAGGAAGUGAAAUUAAUUGUGCCAAGGAAAAGGAAAUGAUCAAUUUGGAUAAUGGUUCUUAUGUUAUACAAUGUAAAUUAAUUAAGAAUCAGAAUGGAUCCGAUGAAACAAUUACACUGGCAGUUCCGAUUCUUAAAUUACAUGGACGAGUAAUUAGAUUCAUUUCUCAUGCUGUUAAAGUAAAUUAUUUACGAUUAUUAGGAUUUCUUACUCAGAAUAAUUCUGAUGAAUCAUCUACUUGAUUGAGUGAACAUUAUUGUUGAUUAUUAGCAAUACUUUACACAAGUUAAUUUAUCAAAAGAAAGUAAAAAUUAUCCAAUUAAACUGGAAAAUUUUCUUUUGAUUAUGUUGACAGUUUUUUAAAGAUUUCUAAUGAUACAGAUAAUGAAUGAAUCCUUCAAAAUAUAUUGUUAAAGUUGAUUAACUUUGAUAUUAUGUGUGUGUGUGCUAUAGUUGAUAUAUUGGUCCAAUUGUUUAAAUUAAUUUGGCAAGAAAAACAUAAAUGAUAAGUAUUAUGCUGAAUUAGACACGAUUAAUAUGUAUACGAAAAAAAAUAAUAACAUUGAUUGAGGCACUUGAUUGCUGGUGAUGCGAUAAAUGAGAUAACAUUUGUUUUUGUUUAUCCCCAAACGAAUCAUUUUGUAUCAAUUAAAUUGUCUAUUUUUUAUCUUGUU